UCUCUCUAAGAAGCUCUUUUCCCUUGUUCUCACAGAAUGCCUUUAAUGAGAAUGAUAGCCAGAAACUCCUCGGUGGCAAAGUUUGUCCUCGCAGGCUUAGUGGACCAGCCAGAACUCCAGAUGCCCCUUUUCUUCCUGUUCCUAGGUUUCUAUGUGUUCACUGUGGUGGGGAACCUGGGCUUGAUUACUCUGAUUGGGCUGAACUCUCACCUGCACACCCCCAUGUACUUUUUUCUGUUUAAUUUGUCCUUCAUAGAUUUCUGUUAUUCCACUGUCAUCACCCCCAAAAUGCUAAUGAGUUUUGUCUCAAAGAAGAACAUCAUCUCUUAUGCAGGGUGUAUGACUCAGCUCUUCUUCUUUCUUUUCUUUGUUGUUUCUGAGUCCUUCAUCCUGUCGGUGAUGGCAUAUGACCGCUAUGUGGCCAUCUGUAACCCACUGGUGUAUACCAGCUCCAUGUCUCCCCAGGUCUGCUUAAUCCUUCUGUUAGUUGUCUAUGGGAUGGGGUUUGUGGGGGCCAUGGCCCAUACAGCAUGCAUGGUGAGACUGACCUUCUGUGCCAACAGCCUCAUCGACCACUACAUGUGUGACAUCCUUCCCCUUCUGGAGCGUUCUUGCACUAGCACGUAUGUGAAUGAGCUGGUUGUCUUUAUUGUUGUGGGCAUCGAUAUUGGCAUGCCUACAGUCACCAUCUUCAUAUCUUAUGCCCUCAUCCUUUCCAGCAUUUUUCAUAUUCACUCCACUGAAGGCAGGUCCAAAGCCUUCAGCACCUGCAGCUCUCACAUCAUUGCAGUUUCUCUUUUCUUUGGCUCAGGGGCAUUUAUGUACCUCAAACCAUCUUCUCUUUUGCCUAUGAACCAGGGGAAAGUAUCCUCCUUGUUCUAUACCAUUGUAGUGCCCAUGCUCAACCCGUUAAUCUAUAGUUUGAGGAAUAAAGAUGUCAAAGUUGCUCUAAAGAAAACCUUGAAUAAAAAAUCAUUCUCCUGA